GAUUUCCUAUUAAUCCCAAUGUGCUACAGUGAAUACUAUGCAGUUAAUCACAGUGGUACUGUCCGGCAGUACUUUGAUCGAUUCUGCGUCCAUCGAGAACACUGCGUUAAUCGUGGAAUCGACGAACAAUGUCAGACACUGCAGCAACUCGAUAAACGAGUCCAAGUAUCGUUCUUCUCUUAUCAUCACGCAAGACCAUCCAGAAGAGCAUUGGUGCAGAGCCGAUUCUGUUGUUGUGAGACGGAUCGUUGCAACAAUUUCAACAAUCAAAUGGCAUACGAAAUAUUCGGUAUAACCUCCACUACAUCCCAUUUCUUACUCUUCUUUCGUAUUUACACAACAAUGACGUGCAUUCUGAUACUUCUACUCUAA